CCACAUUAAUGUACGUAACAUUUCGAUGAAUGGAAUCGAUAAUAAUCAACUGUUUCACGAUAAAUAAAAAACAUGGAACAUGUGGAGCCGCCCAACGAAACAAACGACAUUCUGCAACAAAUUGCUAAUCUGAACGUGGCUGAGAAUGAGCCAGAAAUUACAUCGCUACUGAAACGCGUUCGCUUGCUGCUUACACAAGGCAGUGCCAACCAAGAGACGUUGGCUAAAAAUGUUCGGUUUGCACAGUUUGUGCAAUCUGUUGUAUUCAACCCAAUAGUGCGAGCACAAGAACCAACGCUGCACAAUGUGACGCUUCAGGUGCUGGCCAAUAGCGUGGUAAACAAUAAAAGCACACAGGAAGCGAUUUGGAAAACACAUGGCGCACAGAUUUCGGAACAGGUCUCUGCGACGCCAUUGGGCAGCUCUAAUAAUAUUCUGCUGAUGAUCAUGUACAACAUCUAUUUGGGACUAGGUGCGCACGUGGUCAGCAACCAGGUAGUGUUCGAGGCAUGUGUACGCCUGUGGCGCGCAAUCAUCGAGACGGAAUCGAAUUACAAUUUCGAAUAUUUGCACUUUUUGCUGGAGCACUACAUUGUAGAACAUGGACGAAGCUGUGUGCAAUGUUAUCAGCGAUUGGCAACUGUCGAGGAGCGCAUAGCAUUUCUAGACUAUGUCACACACUAUCUGCGAGAAAACAGUCCCAAUGGUGUACUUCACAAUUUGCUGUUGCAGUACAUAGCCAAGGAAUUUCGAAUGAAAUCGGAUUGCAUAUUGCGUGAGACCAUGAAACUACGCCACGAACUGCAUCCACGUGAGGUACACACCUUGCUGCGUAUUAUAGCAAGCGCCAGUGGCUCGGAAAAGUAUGCCAAAAUCUAUGCGGACGAUCAAUCGCUGUUCAUCAAUGUUAGCAGCUUGCUGCGAUGUGUGGUCGCCGCUGGCAAAGAGCCCAAUGGCGUAGGCAGCUUGGAUAAACCUAUGACAAAACUGGAGGAAGUGGCUCUGACCUCGAACAUUGCUGCAGACUACGAAUCAAAGGUUUCCUUUGAGCUAAAGACGUUGCUGGUGCGAUGCACUGCCAAUUUAUUGUAUGAGAAUGCGGCGAACAGAGGCUAUGCUGUCGACACACAACUGUUGCCCGCACUACUCGAGUGUACUGUGAUGGAUGCGCGUAAUCCAUUGAUGCGUGAGUGGAGCAUUCUGGCCAUAAGGAAUGCCUGUGUGAAUUGUCCGGAAGCGCAACAAAUUAUCGCUGGACUAACGAUGCAAGGCUCUGCUCCCAACGAUAUACUUAGUGAAUUGAAUCUGGAUAUGGGCGCAUUGCGCAUCACAGACAGACAGCAAUAGACGGAAUACACACACCACAUCCAUUCACACUAACAGCGGGCUGCGGAGCGCUGUCCAUUUGCCAAAUAAGCAUUAACAAGUGGUUUAGCUGUAUAGAUCCGCACCACAUGGCAACGUCAUGCGCGUGGCACGCCUCCCCGUUUGCUUGAAUGAUGCGCUAAUGGUAUGCCAAAAAGAUCUAACAGCAUUCAUAAACUCGUUGUCAACGUUUAAUAGCAUUUUGGGCCAAAAACGCUUGCUGGCCCGCCUCGAUGCCAUGGUAUUAUUAGCGGGACGAGGAGGAGCAGACAACGAUGUGCCUGGUGAUGAGCGCUGGCAUGCGGCUGGCUGGCUGACUGACUGGCUGGCUGGCUGCUAUAGUAUAUACUAUAUAGUAUGAGUAUGAAUACGAAUAAAGAGUAUGCAUAUAUAAA